GCUUCAGGCAGCCUCCGUGAGCAGGUGGCUGGCAGGCUGUUACCAGCUUGGUAGCAGGCUCCGUGCGCCUUGAAGCAAACAUUGCGGGGACUCCGGACGCCACUGCUGGAUUGCAGAGAACAUGAGUUCCUCGGAGGAUCACUGCUAUCGCCUCCUCACUGACUACGCAAACGGCUUCAUGGUGUCACAGGUUCUCUUUGUUGCCUGUGAGCUGGGAGUGUUUGACCUCCUCGCAGAGGCCCCAGGGCCCCUGGCCGUGGCUGCAGCAGUGGGAGCCAGCUCCCACGCCAUGGAGUGCCUGCUGGACUCCUGCGUGUCCCUGAAGCUGCUGAAGUUGGAGAUGAGGGGAGGACAAGAUGAGGACAUGGCUUUCUAUGGGAACACGGAGAUGUCCAGAGUCUACCUGAGCAGGGUCAGCCCGACCUCACAGUGCAGUAUGCUGCUGUACAUGGCCAGGACCACUUACCAUUGCUGGGGCCACCUGGCACAGGCUGUGAGAGAAGGCAAGAACCAAUAUCUGCGGACCUUCGGAGUUCCCGCAGAAGAGCUUUUUACAGCCAUCUACAGGUCCGAGGGCGAGCAAGUGCAGUUCAUGCAAGCUCUGUGGGAGGUGUGGAGCAUGCACGGGAGAAGUGUGCUGACCGUGUUCGACCUGUCCCUGUUCCCGCUCGUGUGCGACCUCGGUGGUGGGGCCGGGGCUCUGGCCAAGCAGUGCCGUUGUCUGUACCCCAGAUGUCACAUCACCGUUUUUGACCUCCCAGAAGUGGUGAGGACGGCAGAGGAGCACUUCUCACUCUCAGAGGAAGAGCAGAUCGGCUUCCAGGAAGGGGAUUUCUUCAAAGACCGUCUUCUGGAAGCAGACUUGUACAUCCUGGCCAGGAUCCUCCACGACUGGGUGGAUGGAAAAUGCUCACAGCUGCUGGAGAGGGUCUACCAGUCUUGCAAGCCGGGUGGUGGCAUUCUAGUCAUUGAAAGCCUCCUGGAUGAAGACAGGUGAGGUCCUCUCCUCAUGCAGCUCUACUCUCUGAACAUGCUUGUGCAGACGGAAGGCCAGGAGAGGACACCCAGCCACUACCAUGCGCUCCUGUCUUCUGCUGGCUUCAGAGACUUCCAGUUUAAAAAAACGGGGGUGAUUUAUUAUGCCAUUGUAGCCAGGAAAUAACUUUCCUUGUCAUCGGAAAUGACCAUCUGCUGGGAAAAGGUCUUGACAUACGUGUGAUGGGUUGUAUAUUGUUUACUGAGAAAUGGUGGCAAGAAACUCCGUGUGUCCCCAGGCAGAAAACUGUUCAGAGUGUUCUAGAAGACUGAACUGUAUGUGCUGGUCAUGCACUUGCUAAACCAACUCCCGAAACACUGGAUACAUGAUCUUGUCCCCGUUGGCGACUGGCAGAGUGCUUUCUGGCUUAUUUCUAUUUUACUAGUGAACACGCCCUGUUUGCCUGUUGAGUCUAUCUUUAUUCUAUGAAGGAACAUUGAGCACCUGCUUAUUAAAAAUGAUCUCCUGUUCUCAAAAGCAUAAAUACGUGGGUAAGAGUCUGCUCUGUGCUGUCAGCUGGGAGAUGCUGUCAGCCCCCUGAUAUCCCACUCUGAUUGCCACUUUUUCUCUGUGUCUUCGUGUGUGUUUCUUAAUUCCUGCAGUGCCACCUGGGUUUGAGUCUCCACGACCGAGCUGGUCUCAAACCGUUGAAGUG